UUAAUUAAUUCAAGCAAAUUCUAAAUCAAACGAUCUUCAUUCUCCCUUCAUGCUCCACCACCUGACGAAGUUCGAAUUGGAGACAGCUACUGAAUAGUCGCAAUAGCCCCAGAGAGAGAGAGAGAAAUGGGGAACAAAGAAAAAGCUAAGGAACGAAGAGAAAAGCGAUUGCAAGAGAUACGCUUUCAGAUGACCGUUCCCUAUUCUGAUAAUCAAAGGUGGUGGUCCAAGGAAACCGUUGCAGUUGUAACUGGUGGAAAUAGAGGAAUUGGGUUUGAGAUUUGUAGACAACUUGCCGUUCAUGGAUUGACUGUUAUACUGACCUCAAGAGACUCUAGUGCUGGUGUUGAAUCGAUUAAAUCUUUGGAAGAAGGCGGCCUUUGUGUGGUUUAUCAUCAACUUGACGUAGUGGAUCAUUCAUCCAUCAACCAAUUUGUGGAGUGGUUGCGGGAAAAUUAUGGUGGUUUAGAUAUUCUGGUAAACAACGCUGGUGUUAAUUUUAAUCUUGGGUCUGAUAACUCAGUUGAAAAUGCUCAUAAGGUUAUUGAAACAAAUUAUUACGGCAUCAAGAACAUGAUUGAAGCUACUCUUCCAUUGAUGAAGCCAUCCCUUGUCGGUGCUCGCAUUGUAAAUGUAAGCUCACGUCUUGGUCGACUAAAUGGAAGACGGAAUAGAAUCAGUAAUGUAGCCUUAAGGGAGGAACUGAGUGAUGUGGAAUCCCUAACAGAUGAGCUCAUUGACAGGACUGUAGCUACUUUUCUACAACAAGUUGAGGAUGGAACAUGGACUACAAGUGGGUGGCCUCAAGUGUAUACUGAUUACUCAGUGUCCAAACUUGCUGUUAAUGCCUAUACAAGGCUUAUGGCAAGGAAGCUUUCUGAGAGACCAGAAGGUCAAAAGAUUUAUAUUAACUGCUACUGCCCAGGUUGGGUGAAAACAGCUCUUACAGGUUAUGCAGGGAAUAACACUGUUGAGGAAGGGGCUGAUACUGGAGUGUGGCUUGCCCUUCUUUCGGUCCAAACAUUCAUGGGAAAGUUUUGUGCUGAGAGACGGGAAAUUAACUUUUAAGCUGUUGCUUCUUGGGAUUACAAGAAUUUAAGCCCCUACCUACUACACUGACUUUUGGAAAAUUUCAAAGGAAUAGAAACGUGGAAUUUUUCUGUUGGCAUUUGACAAA